CCACAGGACGCCAAUCAGAUCCGAAAGCGGGGGGUGUCCCUGCAGAAGGCGCUUGGUUGAGCACGCUUGUCCUUUUUGCCGCAGAGCCGAAAUCCUCAUAGCCGCUUGUGUGGAGAAGGUCGGGAUUUCCGCGCGGAUCCUUGGCCAAACGGGGAUGGCUCCUCCGCUGCAGGAUACCGGGGUGGGAGCGACAGCUGGGGAGAAAAGGCCUAACGGUAGUAGCGAGAUUUGUUCCCGCCGUUUUUUCACCUGGGAAGAGAUCGAGCUGCGCACGGGUCGGAUCAAACCGGAGCGGUGGCUGGUGAUUGACAGGAAAGUCUACGAUAUCAGCAGCUUCCACAAGCGCCAUCCAGGAGGCUCCCGGGUUAUCAGCCACUAUGCUGGGCAGGACGCCACGGAUGCAUUCACAGCAUUCCACCUUCAUAGGGCUCAAGUGAGCAAGUACUUGAAUUCCCUGCUGAUAGGAGAACUGGCACCAGAUCAACCUAGCUCUGAGCCCAGCAAAAAUCAAUUGCUCAUAAAAGACUUCCGGGAGCUGCGGUCCACUGUUGAAAAGAUGGGACUUCUGAAGCCAAACAGCCUAUUCUUCUUUCUGAUGUUUCUUCAUAUUGUGGUGCUGGAUAUUGCUGCCUGGUUGACCAUCUGGUACUUUGGGUCGUCCUUAGUACCAUUCUUCAUAGGCGUUGCACUGUUUACUACUGCUCAGGCUCAAAUGUCUUGGUUCCAGCAUGACUUGGGGCACCUUUCAGUCUUCAGCACAUCCAAAUGGAAUCAUUGGGUGCACAAGGUUUUAAUGGGGGUAGUGAAAGGAUUGCCAGCCCAGUGGUGGAAUAAUCUGCAUUUCCAGCACCAUGCCAAGCCCAAUUGUUUCCGUAAAGACCCUGAUCUCAACAUGCAUCCCAUUGUGUUUGCUUUGGGGAAGAAGCUGGCUGCAGAGCUUGGAGUGCAGAAAAAGAAGUACAUGCCUUACAACCAUCAGCACAAGUACUUCUUCGUUGUAGCCCCAGUGUUGCUAGUUCCCUUCUUCCAGUUGUCCAUAUUCUACUUCUCAAUUAAGCGUAGAGAAUGGGUGGACUUAGCCUUGAUCAUUUCAUACAACAUCAGAGUCUGUCUCAUGUACAUACCCCUUAUGGGAUUUCAGUGCUUUAUGGCAUACUACUGGCUGUCCAGGUUUCUAGAGUCCAUCUGGUUUACUUGGGUUUCGCAAAUGAAUCACAUCCCGAUGAACAUUGAUUAUGAUAAAAAUAUGGACUGGGUGUCUACCCAGCUCCAGGCAACAUGCAACGUGGACCAAUCCCCAUUCAAUGACUGGUUCACUGGCCAUCUGAAUUUCCAGGUUGAGCACCACCUUUUCCCCACAAUGCCUCGUCACAACUAUUGGAAGGUGGCUCCCUUGGUGAAAUCUUUGUGUGCCAAGCAUGGCAUUGACUACCACAGCAAGCCUUUGCUCACUGCCUUUGCAGACAUUUUGCACUCUCUAAAGGACUCUGGGGAUGCCUGGCUUGAAGCAUAUCUGCAUGGAUAAGAAGCAGCAGGGACUUGAAUGAAGCCAUGAAGAUGCAUUGCAGACAGGAGGGCAGCUAAUGUGCUCAGAAGAAUUUGGGGUCUGGUGGGUGAGCUGGACAAAUGUUAAUGUUUUUUUGGGGAAGGGAAAGGGGAGUUCUGAAAUUGUUCACCAAAUCUUUGCACAGUUUUUGUGUGUGUUCUAGUUGUAAAAUGGCAUUUGGGAGACAGGAUUGUGAGAAGGGAACCUUUGUGCUUCUUGCAGGAGUACAUCUUGCUUGUUGCAUGUGUGACAUGGCAACCUGACCGUCCUCUUCCUCAUAGUAAGGGAGGGAGGCUUUCGGAGGAGGAGAGUUUAAAAUACAAGAGCAGAGCUGCAGUGGGGAAUUACAAUGCACAUAUAAUGGCUUUUGUGAAAGCCACAUGUUAAUUGAAGGUCAACUUUCAAUCUUACGUUCAGCUGCAAGAUCAGGGAUUCUCAUGUUUCCAUAGGGGUAAGGAGAAGAUUCAUAGCUGAGUUUAAAGCUGGGUAUGUUCAAAUUUUUAAAUUUAGAAAGCCAUUAUAUUAAAAGCAUGGCAUGUGGAUAGUUUUCUUAAAAUCCUCACAAUAACUAAGGGAAAAGGUGCUCCUAGAGAAUAAUCACAUGUGAUCUGAACCUUCCUCAUGCGCGCACACAGACCCAAAUGGCAUCUGUUGUGCAAGAUGACAUCUAUCCAUGCUGAGUUUAGGAAAAGUUUUCCAAAUAACUUUUAACAGAUAAAUACAUGCUGUCACUACUCCAUUAUCUUACCAAAGGUGGUGGUCCUCACAUGGUGGCAGACAAGAGAGGCAUGUUUUCCCUUCCACCAUGCACUUCAGAGAAUGCUUGAGCCUGGGCCUCCACACUAGCACCUGAUCACAGAGGUCCUAGUCGUGUGAUUCCUCCUCCUCUUUUAAAGGAGAGGAAUUGCAUGAAUGGCGCUUCCAUGAAAUUGGGUGUUGGCAUGGCCACCUUUGCUCACAUGCCUUUGAAGCAUGUGGUUCCACGAAGGAGCAGUUCGUACUUCUCUGUUACAUAAAGACCACUGCCUUUGGGAAUAUAUUUACCUGUGGCAAUGACCCUCAUCUGGUGAUGAUGUGACAGCAUGAUUUAAAGUAUUAAAUAGUUCAGUAUUUGUUGCCUUGAUCCAUGAUUGAAAUCAUCAACCUUCUGUUGGACCUUAGCACAGCCCUCUUAGGAUAUACAUGUGUACAUAUUUAUAUUUAUUUGUAUCUUUUAAUAUAUUUCAUAAAUUUCUUUGGGUCAAUG